UUCCGUCGGCCGCGGCCACCGCCUCCCAGAGGUGGUGGGCGAGACUGUUCGAGGCGAGGAGAGGGAGGCUCGCGAGCAGGGGACUUCGGCUUCGCGCUCGCCUAGCUCGUCCCGGCCCGUGGCCACCCCUCCUGCAACUCCGCAUGAUGGUCCAACCCGUGGCGCGGGGGCGGGCCCAGUCUUGGAGAGCUGGCCUUUGAGUAGAAGGCGGGAAAAUGGCGGAUUCUUCGGGGCGCGGCGCCGGGAAGGCUUCCGCCGCCGCUCCCAACCCCACUAGCGGUGCCAAGCCAAGAGGAAAAAGAGCACAGGGUGGAAGAGUGGUCGAGUCUCGAUAUUUGCAGUAUGAGAAAAAAACAAGUAAAAAGGCUCCUGCAGCAGAUGCAUUGAAAGCCAGCGGGAAGGUGCCUGAAGGUGGAAGGAAGGCCACCCUGCUCCAGAAGAGCAAAGAUGGCAGCGGAACCGUGAAGGGAGACCUGCAGUCCACGCUGCUGGAAGGGCAUGGCACGGCCCCGCCUGACCUGGAUCUCUCCGCCAUUAAUGACAGGAGCAUGAUCAGGAGGACUCCACAGCUGGAAAAGACCGUGGCAAAGAAAACCGAGUCGACAUCAUUUAUUGCCCCGCGGAAAAAGAACCCGGAGCCAACAGAAGUGAUGGAGAUGAUGGAAUCCCAGACGUUACUGCUGAGCCUGCUGACGCUGAAGAUGGAGAACGGUCUUGCUGAGUUUGAGGAGGAGGCGGAGAGGAACUUGGUGCUCGUGUGCAGAGAGGCGGCGGCCCUGCAGGAGCAGGCCCACGGGCUGCGGCGCAGGCUCUUCCUCUGCCAGAGGACCCGGGAGCUGGCCGAGACCCUCGACGCCCAGAUGGAGCUGCUCAGCCCCUUCGAGGCGGUGUGUGAGCGCUUUAAGGAGCAGUACAGGACGUUCGCCACAGCCCUGGACACCACAAGGCACGAGCUGCCUCUGAAGUCCAUCCAUCUGGAGGGAGACGGGCACCAGCUCUUGGGUGCUCUGCAGCGUGACCUGGAGACCACCCACCGCCUCCUGGGGGAACUCGGCGUAGGCAGUGCUGAGGAGAACGAGCAGGUGCUGGCCCUGCUGCACGAGCUCAGGGACGCCACCUCGAGCAAAGACCUGGAGCUGCGGAGGAUCUUCUCCCAGGUGCUGGAACUUUCUGCUGAGGCGAGUAAAGAGGCAGCAUUGAUAAACCAGGAGGUCUGGGAAGAGGCCCAAGGCCUGGGGACCGCCAGCCAGUGGUACUUCAAUGCAGAUGGCACCUUCGGGAACCCUCUGGGAGAGCCGAGAAGCACGGUCCUCUCCAGGGACAACAAGCCACAUGCCCAGUGAAUCCCAUGCAGGCCUGUCCCCUAACCCAAGCCAAGCCCUUCCUUCCGGGAGUUGGGAGGAAGACCCACUUUGUGCCUCUCUCUCGGGGUGGGGUUCGCAGUGACUCGGGGCGUCCGACACUUGAGCACUUUACAGGCCCUGUCAGCGGCUCGGCUGUCUUGGUGUUUGUGAUGUCCUUGUUUAAUGUUCAGGAAGUAAGACAUUUGCAUCCGGGGUUCUUGUUUUCUGUGGAGUGGACAACUGGGGGGUCUUGUUCAGGUCCCACUGAGCCUGGGGACCUCCACAGGUGACAGGUUGGAUAUCUCCUCUGGAGGGUUGGGACCAGAGCUGUGUGGAUUUCAGGUUUAGGAUAUUCACAUGCGUGACGUCUGUCACGUGGCCUCCACAAGGACUUCAUCGUUAGGUCGAGGUUGGUGGUUUUUCUCUUGAUGCUGGUGGUGGAACCCGGGCCCUGUGCAUGCCAGGUCCACCCUCAGCCCUGGGUCCCGGUUUCAUACUAGUGGCCUGGGGAAGUGUCCCCCAUCCACAUAACGACCACGCCCAUGACGUUCAGCUACAGGAGGCCCGGCCUCUUCAAUGAAGCAGCCUUGACAUUCCAAUUUUCACCUAAACUUGUCCCCCAGUUCUCCAGUCUCAAGGUGUGUGGGCAGCUAUAACAAAAUACCGUAGACCAGGGGCUUGUAAACAAAACAGUGGAGGCUGCAUGUCCAAGACCAAGUCAGACUCUGGUGAGGACCUGCCUCCUUCUUGCCAUGUUCCCACGAGCGUUCCCUUGGGCCUCUUACAAGAGCACUGACCCGUUCACUGGGGCUCCCCCCUUAGGAGCUGCUCACCUCCCAGAGGCCCCACCUCUUUUUUUAUUUAUUUAUAUGUGGUGCUGAGAAUCGAACUCAGUGCCUCACACGUGCCAAACAAGUGCCCUACCGCCCGGCCCCGGCCCCACCUGUUACUGACACUUUAGAACCAGGAUUUCAGCAUGGGAAUGUGGGUAGGAGCCAUUCAGGCCGUGGCACCCAGCCAUCGACUCUACAUUUCCAGUCAACUUUCUCCCCCUGGAGCUGGGGCUGUAACCAGGGUCUCCUAAGUGCCCUGUCCCUGAACUCCACCCUGGCCCCUGCCUCCCUCUCUGUCUUCUGGUCUAGCUAAAGCCCUGCUGCAGCAAGAGGCCUGACCCGGCUCCAUCCCCUGACCCCCCAGGUCCUGAGUCUGCCAUGGCAGGGUGAGCCACGGGACCUUGGCCCAUCCGUCAUUCUUUCUUUUGUCAAAUCUACCUGACUUGCUCCCAGUGACUCCAGGAAAGUUUCACACUAAAAUUUCUGCUUUAUGAUUUUUAAAAUCUCUAUAAACAUGAAUAUCACA